CGCGUGGGCACGCCUAGCUACGUUUCCUUUGCAACUACUGGCCAGCUCAGAUCAAACGUCUAUCAACAUAUCGACAAUCUUCCAAAUAUAUCUUUGAACUUAUUUCUGACUUCGGUUUGCCUGCGUUGGUAUCCUUUAAUUAUACAGGUGCUACGGAAUUAAGCGUUGUAAAACCGUAAAUGUCUGUGGCAAUUUCAAAACAUUCUGGAAGGUCAUUUUCUUAACUGGAGUUGUGACAGUAUCAUAAUUGUAUGUAAAAGAUGUAAAAGAUUGGACACUUCAUACUCAUAGUGCCGGAGCCUGUAAGUUAUUAUUGUAAAAUGCUGGUAACACCCAGAAACUGGAGACACCACACAGCAGAAUGGGUAGUAGACAUAAAUUCUACUCCUUAAAAGCAGUCAAAUUCUGGGAUUCGCUGCCGGCUGAGCUAGUCCAGUCGACUUUUCAGGAGUUAUUUAAGAGAAAGCAUGACAUAUUCUUAAAAACUAUGGAUAAUGUCUUACUGUGAUUUCCUUUUCCUGUUUUAUCAAUAAUAUACCCAGGUCCCUGCCCGACGGUAUAAACGAUCGAAUGCUACUAUAUACGAAAGCUCGAUGCGGAAAUCAAAUGGCUCAACUUUGCUCAACUAGAUACUGGCAUGUUCAGGAGAUUAAAUAUUACGAACAUUAGAGUCAUAUGGAGCAGUACACUAUUCUUGGUCGUAUUGGUGAAGGUGCUCAUGGAGUCGUUUUAAAAGCUAAGCAUAUUGAGAGUGGAGAACUUGUUGCUCUAAAAAAGGUUCCUUUGAGAAAACUUGCUGAUGGAAUUCCUAACACAGCACUUCGAGAAAUAAAGGCUCUCCAGUUUAUUGAGUCCAGCCCGUACGUUGUCCAUCUACGAGAAGUUUUCCCUCAUGGUACUGGUUUUGUUCUCGUCUUUGAGUACAUGGUUACGGAUCUUAGUGAGGUUAUUCGGAAUUCGGAACCUCCUCUUACUGAAGAACAGUCCAAAUGUUAUAUGCUAAUGAUACUAAGAGGAGUUGAAGUCAUGCAUGCUAAUGGAAUUAUGCACAGGGACCUUAAGCCUGCCAAUCUAUUGAUUAGUUCGGAGGGGGUCCUGAAAAUAGCUGACUUCGGUCUUGCAAGAGUUUUCGAGAAUAAUAAUGAGCGACUAUACAGUCAUCAAGUGGCUACAAGGUGGUAUCGAGCACCUGAAUUAUUAUACGGAGCUAAAAAAUACACAAAUAGUGUUGAUUUAUGGGCUAUCGGUUGUAUAUUUGGCGAAUUACUUAAUAGUUCUCCAAUGUUCCCGGGAGAAAAUGAUAUUGAACAACUUUGGUUUGUUGUACGUGUUCUUGGGACUCCGAACGAAGAUAUAUGGCCCGAAGUUAAAGAACUGCCUGAUUAUAACAAGAUAAGUUUUAACCUGUGUGAAACCAUCCGUUUGAGGAAGUUCUUCCGGAUGCAUCAGUUGAAGCCGUUGCUCUUGUUAGUAAAUUUUUAGUGUACCCACCCCAUCAAAGAAUUACUGUAUCCGAAGCAUUGAAAGAUCCAUAUUUCACUACGGACCCACUGCCAGCUCAGCUUUCUGAGCUUCCUGUGGUUACACCGCAUCGUAAUACCCUGCCACAUCCUCAAGAAACUUAUGAAGUUUGUCUUACAACUCCUUUGGAGUCGAUUCUUUGUAAUCAUGAAGUACUGAAGGAAGGUGUGAAAUUACUGGAUGAUGAAUUAACGAACUCCUUUGACGGUCCAACAGGUGUUACUCGCAUGUGAUCAAACUAGAUAGUCGUUCCAUUUUGAUUAUUAAUAAUCCAAUGAACGGUUGUACCUCGUCUUUGUAGUACAUGUGAUUGCGUUAAUGAUGAUUUCUCAUAUGAAUCAUCCAAUAACUUUCGAUUUUUUCUAAAAUUUCUUUAGACGUUUUUGUAAAUAUAAUUUAUUGUAUAUUUGUAGCA